UGCGUGGCUGUGACAGUUGUCACAAUGAAACAGCACAAAUGGACACAAUAUUCUUUAUGAAUGCAAGGAAUUGUAUAUAAUCGUCUAAUGGCUGAAAAGGAACUGCAAACAUUUAGAGAGAAAUGGAGAAAAGAAAUCAAAGAAAAAGUUGAUCAUUGUAGAAUAAACAAAAGUGAUACAUUAGCUGUGAAUAGUGCCUGCAAUGUUACUCUUGGUGAAUCAGUUGAAAACAUAUCAAAGGAGAAAAAUAAACUGAAACCUAAACAUGAAACAUGCAAGAAAUGGAAUAUUGCACAUGAUGGAAGAAAAAGACAAAGGCCAGAAAUAAAUCAGCCAAAUUCUCUGAUGACAUUAGAAAUACCAAGUUACCAAGAACAACAGAGACAUGUUCAGUCAGAUGAUUCAAUGAAGGAUACCAGUAAACAAAGAAUAGAAUGCACUUCUCAUCACCAUCAUAAUGAGGACUUAUUGUCAUUGUUGAUUAAAGAUAUUGAUGAGACUUGUGCCAUACCAUUUUUUGAUAUUAGCCUUCCGAGAGAGGUUUGCAUAAAUAUAUUCAACUAUUUGGACACUGCUGACUUAUGUCAUUGUGCUUGUGUAAGUAAGACAUGGGCGUCAAUAGCUAAUGAUGAUCUUCUUUGGUGUAAAUUAUAUGAAAGAUUAGGUUUGGAGAAAACAAAGAAAAAUAAUGUUGAUGACAUUAGCUGGAAGUGUAUAGUGAAGAAUGGAAUUCUUAAAAGACGUCUGGUGGAAAGAAAUUGGAAAGAACGGAUUUGUGAAAUACAAACAUUUGAAUAUGAAAAAGGAGGUAUGCUAACAGCUUGUGGCCUCAUUGAAGAUGUAUUAAUUGCUGGGUAUGCAAAUGGUAAGACCUGUUUGUGGAAUGUUGAAAGCAAUUGGCAAAGCUCUCUUGCAGCUUCUGUUGAGGCAAUUCAGAAUCAAGUAAUGCCAGUGUUGAAUGCGUUACAGUGCUUGGAAACAUUUGUGCUGCAGCAUUUUCAUCUGUUUCAUCCAACUCUUGGUUACUUAGGGAUGAUAAAUGUUUGGCAUACAAAUAUCAGUUUGGAACCAAUCUAUCAAUACCACGUAGUUGCUGCAGCCAAUCAUAUUGCAUUAACUUCUUUCAAUGAUGCUCCUUUGCUUUUGACUUUAUGUGGCGAAAGGGUGCGUGUUGAUCACGUGAACAAUAAUGGACAAUGGCAAUUUGUACAUUCUCGAACUUUCGAGGAAAAGGUCAGAUACAUUGAGCUUUUACACGAUCAUGAAAGAAGUUUGUUUGCACUGGCGCUUAAGGAGGAAAUAUUCAUUUAUGAUGCCAUUUUAAAUUCUCCAACACAAUUGGAUAGAAUAGCUGGUACAAAAAUCACGUCCAUGACGUGCGUGGAGAAUUUGUUGGCUGUCGGUUGGGCUCCCUAUGGUUUUGGCCUGGGCACUAAUUUUACAGCCAAAGUAAUUACAACUUCUUUGCUUUUAUUUUUGAAUUUUUUGAUGUCCAAUGAUUGUUCUAUUAUUUUGCCUUGUUCAUAUACAGUUAUAGCAAAUGUAGCUGUCACUUGCUACAUUUCGCCAAUGUUACGGGAAUCUAACCCGGAAACCGAAGAAUGUCAUUUCGAAAAAUAA